AGCCUUUAGACAAGGCGGCAACCAGACCCUCAAAACAACGCUUUCUAUUAUUAAUUGGGAUAACGAAGAGGAAUCGACCAGCGGGAAGAGAGAGGGAGGGGGAAACUAAGGCAAGAUCGAAACGAAGAGAAGCUGGGGGCAGAUCAGAUCAAAGCAUCAUGGCGCUAUCGUCGUCCCCGCUUCGACCGAUCUCUCUGUGCGCGAGUCCCUUUCGCGGCCGCCAGUCCAAACCCUCAUCUGUGAUUCCAUCCAUCAGAGCUUCGUCUUCCUCGGACGUCCCCGUUCCCGACUUCCUCUCCUCCGAUUGGCUUGAAUCCCGCAGGAAAAGACCUUUUGGCCCUAGGCUGGAAUUUAGUGCAGAAGAAGCGGUUAAAUGGCAGCUUGAUGCAUUAAAAUACAAUGAUCAACCUCGUCAAGACUAUGGGAUAGAGGUCAUGUACAGGUUUGCUGGAUUUGAUCCUUUUGAAAGGUCAACCUAUUUUGGACCAUUCUUUGACCUAGGACAGUUUGAACGCUUUCGACGAAUAUUUCACCAUUCGACUUACCGGGUCUUGCUUGGUCACAAGGAAAGGAGAAUCUUGAGCAGUUUGUGGGUUGAAGAGAACCGAUUUAAGCAAAGAGUAUGGAUACAAGGCUCUCGCCCAGAGGAGGAAGAGAUCUUUCAAUUUACAAUGGUUCAGAGGAUAGGUGGUUCCUGGGAUGGUUACUGGUUAACCGAGAGCUUGCUACAUGAUGGGGAUGGAUUUUCAGAUUAGCUUGAGUGUUUGAAAGUUGAAUUUGGUUUGCUUGA